ACAUGCACAGUCACACACAUACCACACGCACACACCACCGCCACCACCACCACCGCUGCUGCUGCUGCUGCCGCCGCCACCACCACCACCACCACACACACACAGUGACGGCUGCCAGGCGCAGUGGGAAGCAAGCCGUCAGGGAGAGAGCUUGAGAAGAAAGAGAAGGAUCGCAGAGGGGAAGAGAAGAAAAGAGAAGAGAGUUGAAGGAGGCACCUUGUGGAUCAGAAGGGAUUUUCCUCUGUGUGAGUGUGCGUCUGGAUAAGGCUAUCUGCUUCUUCCUGAGCGAGAGGAGUUUUUACCGAGGCUUUUUCUUUUUGCUCAUCCUCCACGCCGGGCUCCAGCGAUAUCUACCUAUCUAUCCCCAGAGCUUAACAAAAGAGGGAGGGAGUAAGAGAGAGUGAGAAAAAAGGCAGUCACAGCUUCAGCUCCAGACCACCCUCUCUCCUCCUCCUCCUCCUCCUCCUCCUCCUCCUCCUCGUCCUCCUCCUCUCCUCUUCUCUCACUAGCUCCACAUCCAUGUGUGAGUUCAUCGCUGAUUUCACUGUCUUUUGAGGAUAGAGCAGAGGACAGCGUGUGUUCUCCAGGAUACAGCCGAGCUCCCGGUGGGAUCAGGGUCUCGUCUGGUGUGAGAGAGAGAGAGGAAGAACCAGACAGGGAAUCGGAUACACAGGAAGAGAGGAAGAGACGGAGAGAGACAAGAGAGAAAGAGACACUGGAAAGCAAAUUGAAGGGGCAUGUAAGGGGCAGCAGAGAAGAAGAAGAGUGAGUCUGAUUUUUAGAGCGGAGAGUGCAAGGGACCGGCAACCGAAUCCCAUCUAUUCCUUCUUUCCUCCUCCUCCUCAUCCUCUCUUUCUUUCCUCUCCUUUUACCCUCUCUCUGUCCUGCUAUUAAAUCUCCCCUAUUGUCUCCUUUGUUGCCUCCUACUAUCCUUUCAUAUCUUCCUUUUCUUACCCUCUACCUCCUUCUUUCCAAACCUCUUUUCUGCUGCCACUCCAGAUUCUCUCUGUCUCCUUUUCCAGACCCACGGGAAGAAUGGAUUUGUGAGGUUCCCUGUGAGCUCCCAGACAAGUGGACAGACUAAUAUCCCGAGUACUAUCUGUCCUUCUAUCCAUCCCUCCCUCUGUGCGUUUAUCACACAAACACCUCAGUAAGAGGAGAGCGUUCUCUCUCUGCAUCCUCGACUCUUGGAAACAGUCGUCUGAAAGAUCCAGGCCAGUCCCUCGGAGUGAUCGUACCCCACCUGAGAGCAUCUAUCUCCAGCCUCCAAGACCUUCAAUUGGAUUCCAGCUACAUGGGAAAACGUUUGGAGCAGCAGCCAAUGUACCCCCACUACACCUACUACUACCCUCACUAUCUCCAGACCAAGCAGUCGUAUGCUCCUCCCCCUCCACCCAUGGCUCCGCCCAGUCCCAGCACCACAGGAGGAGGAGGUGGAGGUGGAGGAGGUGGUCACGGAGGAGGGCUAGUAGAGCAGCUUAGUAAGACCAACCUGUACAUCAGAGGCCUGCCGCCAGCCACCACCGACCAGGACCUCAUCAAACUCUGCCAGCCAUAUGGGAAGAUUGUGUCAACAAAGGCCAUCCUGGACAAGAACACCAAUCAAUGCAAAGGCUAUGGCUUUGUGGACUUUGACAGCCCUGCAGCAGCCCAGAAGGCUGUGGCCUCACUCAAAGCCAGUGGAGUCCAGGCACAGAUGGCGAAGGCCUGUCUCCCAGAUCAUCCGUCUGCAUUCCAGCAACAGGAGCAGGACCCCACCAACCUGUACAUCUCCAACCUGCCGGUGUCCAUGGACGAGCAGGAGCUGGAGAACAUGCUGAAGCCCUUUGGUCACGUCAUUUCCACACGGAUACUGAGGGACGCCAACGGCCUGAGCAGAGGAGUUGGCUUUGCCAGGAUGGAGUCCACGGAGAAGUGUGACGUGGUGAUCCAAAAUUUCAAUGGGAAAUUCUUGAAAACCCCUCCAGGCAUGACAGCCCCGGCAGAGCCAUUGCUGUGCAAGUUUGCUGAUGGAGGCCAGAAAAAGAGGCAGACCCAGGUCAAGUAUCCCCAGAAUGGCAGACCGUGGACACGGGAAGGAGAGAGUGGUAUGGCGUUGACGUAUGAUCCCACUGCGAUGCAGAACGGAUUCUACUCUUCGCCAUACAGCAUCUCCACCAAUCGGAUGAUUGCACAGACAUCAAUCACACCCUUCAUCGCUGCCUCUCCUGUCUCCACAUAUCAGGUCCAGAGUACAUCUUGGAUGCCACAUCAACAGUAUGUUAUGCAACCUACAGGUGCUGUCAUCACCCCAGCCGCGGCCAUAGAGCCCAGUUUGUCCCUUCACCCCUCCAGUGUUAUGGCUCCUCUCACCCAGCAGAUGAACCAUCUGUCUCUGGGCACUACAGGCACUUACAUGCCUGCUGCAGCAGCUGCUCCUAUGCAAGGAACCUACAUUCCCCAGUACACUGCAGUGCCUGCCUCUGCCAUCACAGUGGAAGGCGUGGUGACAGACCCAUCUCCACAGACAGCCGCCCCCUCCUCGCAGGACGCCAGCGGGCCGCAGCCUUUAUCAGUGGAGAGUACGGGAGAUCAUGCCACAGCCUACUCUUACCAGCAGACUAAAUAACAAGAUUGGGUGGAAUCGUUACUGCAUUGCCUUUAGAAGGACUGCACUGAGGCGCUGGAGACACAGAGAGAAAUCAGAAUGAAACAGGGAAAAAGAAAAAGAGGUGACAUGGACAACACUGAGGGGGAGAAUGCUUCCACUGUGCACAGGCACCAAAUAAAAGACAAAAUGCAGAAAAAAAAAUUAAUUAUAUUUCUAACAUGAUUGAACCAAGAAAAAGACAGAGGAAUAAAGAAAUGAUGGUUUGCUGAACUUGAGGACGAGGAAAUUAAAUGCAGUCUGCAACUCUGAGUUUAUCAUUUCUCACCGUGAGACAGGACUUUGCCUCCAAAGGAAAAAGAGAAGACACAGACUGAAAUCUAAACUCAACCAACAAGCUGUACAGAAAAAAAGAACAUUUGAAUGUGCAGGUAGAUUUUCAGACUUUUUUUUAUUAAAAAAACAAAAAAAAACAAAACAGGAAGGAAGCAAAGUCUAGAAAAAACAGGUUGUCUUCCUUUGAUAUUAAGCUACAUUAUUUUCAUUCUUUUUAUUAUUUGAGUAGUUUUCUAGAAUAUCAGUGUUUUCGUAAAUCUUUAUUGCCUUAAUUUUCUCAAACUUUGGGAAAAAAAGUUUCCAUAGUGUUGAAUUAUAAAAAAAAAAAAAAAAGACUGAGUGAUUGAAUGACUUGAGAG